CUAGAAAUUACUUCUUUUCAUGAUAAAUGUCAUUUAAUUGUCUGAAUGGUUCAUUGCAGUCUUGUUCCUUUUUUACCCAUUAUUUUCACAUCAUAAUUAACCCUGAGAGUCCACAAUUCUUCACUUGGAGAAUUGAGGACUGUUCAGCUUACAAGCUCUCCAAAUUGCCUGGACUGUGGUAUACACAUGAUUGCUACUCAUUGCAGGCCCUCGUCCAGUCAACUUCAAGUGUGCAGUACCCAGUGUCGCUUCUCAGAAGUCUGAAAUACCACUCACUACCCAGUGUUUUGAUCAUUCUUACAUACGUAUGAGAGGUUUAGUCAGUCAACAAGAUGGGAUCAGACAUAUCAUCAGUAGAGUGCAGUGCACAUAAGAACAUCAGUGAGGCUGAAGCAUCUCGAUGGCUUUACACCCCAACAGAUGUCACUUUUAUCACCAUUGGUGUACCAAUUGUUUUGUGCAUUGGUGUAGGCAUCAACUUAACUUUUCUGUUUGUCUUGAUCCGUGUUCCAACAAUGCGGACCAACACAAAUGUAUUCCUGACAAACUUGGCUCUGGCUGAUCUUCUGUUCCUGACCCUAUUUGCAACAAUCGUCCUUUGGCGGUAUGCCUUUUCCCCGGUGGUGUUUUCAUUUCAAUUUGUAAAUUCUGCUGGUUGCACCCUCUUUCAUCUCCUGCUUGAGACUGGAUAUUAUAGUUCCGUUGCAUCGGUUACUAUGGUAACGCAUGAGAGAUACCUUGCUCUGUGCAAUCCAUUGAAGCAUCUCCAAAUGCGUGGUUCUCAACGCAUCUCCAAAAUUGUUUUAACCUGCUGGCUGGUUGGCUUGAUGCUGGCAUGUAUCACAAUACCUAUAGAAGCCCUUUUUCACAAGUGGUGCGUGCAGUGGCCCAAUGGAAAUGAGUAUCAAGACUUGCCGUCAACUGUGGUUCACUGUGUUCCUGUAAAGCCCAAUGUAAUAUUCUACAGUCCACUGCUUCAAAGUGGUCCCUGGUUCCUUGUCAUGGUUUGUAACCUUUAUAUGUGUGUCAAACUCGUACAGACUUUGGUCAAGCAGGUAGCAACUGAAAGUACAUGUAGGUUUGGCAGAAGUCGGAGGACCCAACAAAGAAAGAGACAAGUGGCGGUCAUGAUCAUUGUCAAUGGUGCGGUGUUUUUCCUGUGCCAGAUACCUUUUCAUGCAUUUAACAUCAUCAAGUGGAUCUGCUUGAUAGCAGAAAUACCCAGCCCUGUUGACAUUGCCCCCAGAUCUGAUCAAUAUUGGUUGGUAAAUUUUUUUUACCUUUUCAACAUCAUCAUUAAUCCGUUCAUCUAUGGUGCAUUGAAUGCACAGUACCGUGCUGCAUUUCUUGAGGCCUUUGGCUGCAGGUGCAGACCCAUGAAUCGACGGAACAUGCCACAUCCUCCUGCAAAAGAAGACCUUGACCAGCGAGAGGACCAAAUCUGAUAUUUGGAACUUGAUACUU